GGGAUGUCCUGGUUAGAGUUCUUCUCCGGAUAAGAUAGUGAAGGUGUCACCGUGGGGCAGUCAGGCCAGAAAACAAUAGCGGGCUGAGGCCAAAAAACAAGAUUGAUCAGUGAGUACAUCUCUGUUGUCAAUAAGGGGCAGAGCUGCUCUGUGGAGGUCAAGGCUGGAGCUGUACCCCACAUCCCUUCAGCUUCUUCCUCUGAUAAACUUCCAGGAGAGCUAUCACACUUGCUCUUCGGAAAGCUUGAGGACAGAAGCUCCACUGAGAGGAAGGCUGCAAGAACCACAGUGUGUGCAAGGGCUCUGAGGCCUCUGUCACUUCAGUGGUAACUGUUCCUUGGCUGAGUGGGAUGUUCCAGUACUUGUUUUUCUGUAUCUGCUUCAUCAUCCAGUUGCAGCCAGUGUCUUCGAUGGCCCUGGACCCCUGCUCUGCCUACAUCAGCCUGAACGAGCCCUGGAGGAACACGGAUCACCAGAUCAACGGAUCCCACGGCCAGCCCACCUGCGACAGCCACAUCGACGGCGAGUGGUACCGCUUCACCGGCAUGGCUGGAGAUGCCAUGCCCACCUUCUGCAUCCCAGAGAACCACUGUGGCACCCAUGCUCCCAUCUGGAUGAAUGGCAGCCACCCACGCGAGUCGGAUGGCAUCGUCCCACGCCAAGCCUGUGCCAGCUUCAAUGGGAACUGCUGCCUUUGGAAUACCACGAUUGACGUCAAGGCGUGUCCGGGCGGGUACUACGUGUACCACUUAAGCAAGCCCAGUGUUUGUUUCCAUGCAUACUGUGGGCAUUUUUAUGACAUCUGUGAUGUGGUGGAUUGCCAGGGCUCCUGCAUGGACACCAGUGACUGCACAUGUUCCUUAGGGACAACUCUGGGACCUGAUGGACAAACAUGUCUCGAUGAAAAUGAAUGUGAGCAGAACAACGGAGGCUGCAGUGAGUUUUGUGUCAACCUGAAGAACUCCUUCCGCUGCGAGUGCGGGGUCGGGCGCACGCUGGGGAGCGACGGAAAGACCUGUGAAGAAAUUGAAGGCUGUCACAACAACAAUGGAGGCUGCAGCCAUACCUGUAUUGAAGUGGAAGAUUCCUACCAAUGUGAAUGUCCAAGAGGACUUGUUCUCUCAGAAGACAGCCACACUUGCCAAGUUCCAGUGCUGUGCAAGUCCAGCUCGAUUGAGGUGAGCAUCCCGAAGGACCUGGUUGGAGGCCUGGACCUUUCCCUCAUCAACAACUCCUGCAAAGGAGUGUCCAAUGGCACUCAUGUCAACAUCCAUUUCUCCCUCAAGUCCUGUGGCACUGUUGUAGACGUAAUAAAUGAUAAGAUCAUUGCCACCAACCUGGUGACUGGCUUGCCAAAGCAGACUCCGGGGAGCAACGGGGACAUCAUUGUCCGCACCAGCAAGUUGCUGAUCCCGGUCACCUGCGAGUUCCCACGUCGCUACACCAUCUCUGAGGGCUACGUGCCCAACCUCAAGAACUCCCCCUUGGAGAUCAUGAGCCGCAGCCAGGGCGUCUUUCCCUUCACUCUGGAGAUCUUCAAAGACAAAGACUUUGAUGAACCCUACAGGGGUGCUCUUCCCACCCUCAAGCUUCGGGACUCUCUGUAUUUUGGGAUUGAACCUGUGGUACAUGUCAAUGGACUAGAGACACUGGUAGAGAGCUGCUUUGCCACUCCCACCUCAAAAAUCGACGAGAUCCUGAAGUACUACCUGAUUCAAGAUGGCUGUGUUUCUGAUGACUCGGUGAAGCAGUACACGUCAAAGGACCAUCUUGCCAAGCAUUUCCAGGUUCCUGUGUUCAAGUUUGUGGGCAAAGACAACAAGGAGGUGUUCCUGCACUGCCGUGUCCUGGUGUGCGGGGCACUGGACGAGAGCUCUCGCUGCGCCCAGGGCUGCCGGAGGCGGGCGCGCAGGUCAGCCCAGAGGGGGCAGGAGGAGGAACCCAGUCACGUCCUGACAGGAGGCCCCAUCAGAAUCGACUUGGAUGACUAACACCCACCCUGCGGAACAGCAUCUCUGCCUGGGGCCAGCCUUUCUUACCAAUGCCUUCUUUCAUGGCUGGUUGAGAAGAGGUAUUUGGUAACGCCCCACUUGAAGCUCAGGACUCGUUUCCCUCGCUGCACAAUGAUGAUUUGUGAGGUGCAACCUGGACUGCAGAACAGCUUGGUCUUACCUGCAUUUCUUCCCAACAGCCCUUCUGUUGGAGGGACCCUGUUGCUUUGCAGGCCUGAAGCAUUACCCAACUUAGCCUUUCCCUACACCCAGCUGCAGGUUCCACAGGACUGUUUGUCCUGGACUAAACAAAUGUUACUCAAGCCCUUCUUUCAUCAGGCAGUACAAAUAGCUGAACGUGUUUGCUGUGCAGCUCCGUGAAUAAUUUUGGAUGACUGGUAAUGAAAACUUGUAUAAAAAUACAUAUCUCGUAAUGUCUAAGUUCCUUGGAGCUAUAAAACAGUUGUCAUUACAAGCAGCUAAAGCUCAGAUCUAUCACUGCCACUUUUAAAUGUUAUUUGUAAGCAGUAAAAGGUAUUUAAUAAAAGUAGUGUUUCUUUAGUGCCUUUUGACAA